GCUGGCUGCUGCUGCUGCUGCUGCUGCUGCUUGCUGCUGCUUUUGCUUUUGGGGCUGAGUUUAAUAAGCGAGCGAGAGAGCGAGCACAGGGCGAGGGGGUUGGGGGAGGAAAGGCAGAGAAUGUCCGCCAUCUACCCUCCGCUUCUGGGCGCGCUCUCAUUCAUAGCUGCCUCUUCAUGAAUUACAGCUGAAGCGGGACGGGGAGGGGUGGGGGGGUACCACACAACACCCCAGAAAAUUCUCCGGGCCCCCAGGCAUGGCUAGCUCGUGUGCCGUGCAGGUGAAGCUGGAGCUGGGGCACCGCGCCCAGGUGAGGAAAAAACCCACCGUGGAGGGCUUUACCCACGACUGGAUGGUGUUCGUGCGCGGUCCGGAGCACAGUAACAUACAGCACUUUGUGGAGAAAGUCGUCUUCCACUUGCACGAAAGCUUUCCAAGGCCAAAAAGAGUGUGCAAAGAUCCACCUUACAAAGUAGAAGAAUCUGGGUAUGCUGGUUUCAUUUUGCCAAUUGAGGUUUAUUUUAAAAACAAGGAAGAACCUAAGAAAGUCCGUUUCGAUUAUGACUUAUUCCUGCAUCUUGAAGGCCAUCCACCAGUGAAUCACCUCCGCUGUGAAAAGCUGACUUUCAACAACCCCACAGAGGACUUUCGAAGAAAGUUGCUGAAGGCAGGAGGAGACCCUAAUAGGAGUAUUCAUACCAGCAGCAGCAGCAGCAGCAGUAGCAGCAGCAGCAGCAGCAGUAGUAGCAGCAGUAGCAGCAGCAGCAGCAGCAGCAGUAGCAGCAGCAGCAGCAGCAGUAGUAGCAGCAGUAGCAGCAGCAGCAGUACCAGUUUUUCAAAGCCUCACAAAUUAAUGAAGGAGCACAAGGAAAAACCUUCUAAAGACUCCAGAGAACAUAAAAGUGCCUUCAAAGAACCUUCCAGGGAUCAUAACAAAUCUUCCAAAGAAUCCUCUAAGAAACCCAAAGAAAAUAAACCACUGAAAGAAGAGAAAAUAGUUCCUAAAAUGGCCUUCAAGGAACCUAAACCCAUGUCGAAAGAGCCAAAACCAGACAGUAACUUGCUCACCAUCACCAGUGGACAGCAAGAUAAGAAGGCUCCCAGCAAGAGGCCCCCCAUUUCAGAUUCUGAAGAACUCUCAGCCAAAAAAAGGAAAAAGAGUAGCUCAGAGGCUUUAUUUAAAAGUUUUUCUAGUGCACCACCACUGAUACUCACUUGUUCUGCUGACAAAAAACAGAUUAAAGAGAAAUCUCAUGUCAAGAUGGGAAAGGUCAAAAUUGAAAGUGAGGCAUCAGAGAAGAAGAAAUCGACUUUACCACCAUUUGAUGAUAUUGUGGAUCCCAAUGACUCAGACGUAGAGGAGACUAUGUCCUCUAAAUCUGAUUCGGAACAACCCAGUCCUGCCAGUUCCAGCUCCAGUUCCAGCUCCAGCUUCACCCCGUCCCAGACCAGGCAACAAGGUCCUUUAAGGUCUAUAAUGAAAGAUCUGCACUCCGAUGACAAUGAGGAAGAAUCAGAUGAGGCAGAGGAUAAUGACAAUGACUCUGAAAUGGAAAGACCUGUAAAUAGAGGGGGAAGUCGGAGUCGCAGAGUUAGCUUGAGUGAUGGCAGUGAUAGUGAGAGCAGUUCUGCCUCUUCGCCCCUCCAUCAUGAACCUCCACCACCAUUAUUAAAAACUAACAACAACCAGAUCCUUGAAGUGAAAAGUCCAAUAAAGCAAAGCAAAUCAGAUAAGCAAAUAAAGAAUGGUGAAUGUGACAAGGCAUACCUAGACGAGUUGGUAGAGCUUCACAGAAGGUUAAUGACACUGAGGGAAAGACACAUUCUGCAGCAGAUUGUGAACCUCAUAGAAGAAACUGGACACUUUCAUAUCACAAACACAACAUUUGAUUUUGAUCUUUGCUCGCUGGAUAAAACUACAGUCCGUAAACUGCAGAGUUACUUGGAAACAUCUGGAACAUCCUGAGGAUGCAACAACUGGAUGCAUCACAAACUAUUGUUGGGUUUUUUUGGUUGUGAUUUUUUGUUGUUGUUUAUAUGAAAACAUUCAGAAUGAUGCAACCAAAAGGGAAAAAUAAAAAUCAAACAACCUUCAGCUUUAUUUUUCUUUAAAGCCAGUCAUCAUCUCUUGAUAAAGGAGAGGUUACGCAAACCAGCCUCAGCGGAGCACUCUUCUCUCCAAGGAAAUCCCGGGAAGAGUUAGCCUGGAUAGCCUUGAAAACAAACAAAGCAAACACAACACAAGAAACUUAAAGAAUGUGUAUGGUAUCCUCUCUCUCUCUCUCUCUCUCUCUCUCUCUCUCUCUCUCUCUCUCUCUCUCUCUGUGGUGGUUCAUUCCACAAGAUGAAUGCAUAUUCAACACACUGCCUUAUUACAUAACUGAUCUAUUUAUUAAUGCAUACAGAUAUUCUGAAGUUGUUGAGGGAAUGACACCACAGACAUUUUAAGUACUUGGUCCCAUGGAUGCUCGUUCAAUGCAGCACCCUUGCCGUCCCAAGCCCAGUGACCUUACUUGUAUACCGUGCCACUUUCCACCAACUUUUUCCAAGUUGUUUAACUUGUUGCAGUCUGUAUUUUCCACCUUCAGUUUUCCAGUUCCAAGACACAAAUUGUCAACUAGGGGGAGGUGGGGGUCUGGUGACCAAAUAGCCACCUUGAUUUUCUUCCUUGUGAUCUUUUUUCCUCAAGGUUGGGGCCCAUGUAAUUAUCUUGGACCAUGGUAGAAAAUUCAAUAAAUAGGAUCAUAUGAAUUACUCUAUAGCCUUAGUCAAUAAACCAGUAGGACUUUUAACAAAUAUGCAUCUGUAAUGUCCUGAAUCCAGCCCUGUUGAGCUGUCAUCAACAUUCUUGUGUCUGUUUUACUGUUACAAGAUUAGGUGAAUAUGGAAGUAAAGGCAUUCCACAGGAUCAUCAUAUU